AUGGCUAGAGACUACUGGGUUGAGACUCUCCCAUCUGGACAUCGACGCUUCGUCAAGGCCCCGUUGAAGCGCUCGUACUCGAACCCCCAUGACGCAAGCACUCAGUCCUCCCGCGGUCGCCGGGUCGACUUCCUCGACGUCACGCGGGAGGAGUACAACUCCCUCUUGGCCAGGGAGAGCGCUCUGAACAGGGAGAACGAAACUCUUCGUCGUGAGAACUAUGCGCUCAAGGCCAACUGGAGGACCUGCGACGAAGAUCUACGGAGGCUACAGACCCAUGUGCCCUCUCUGGAGGCUACUGUCCGCAACCUUGAGCACGAGAACCGCGAGCUGAGGAGGGGGUUUGACCACCAUCAUCAUCACCACCGGAGCAGUAGGGACAGCGAAGAUGGGAUGAGGAGGUUGCGCCACAAGAACACCAAGCUUACGAACGAGAACGACUCGCUACGGGCUCGUAUACACAGUUUGGAGCAAGAUAUCCGGGAUGGUGUCGGCGACCGCGCGAGGAGUUUCAUUGAGGAGAUUAAUACUUGGAGGCGACGCUACGACAAAUUGAGUCUCUCAGUCGGUGAGCUACAGAAUAGCCUUGACGUGGCUAACGAUCGGAGUCGACGCCUAGAAGAGGCGUGCGAAUUGCGGGCGCGAAAUGAGAGGAAGGCUAUGAGGGAUGUCGACCGGUACAAGGCCAUCCUGCGUCAGCACGGAUUGCGGUGA